UCCAGCAACCUUGAGUAAUCAGUUUGCGGGCGUGCGCCGCGCCGCUCUUGACGGUGGGGAUAAAAAAAGCAAAACAAAACCAAAAACACACAUUUCAAUUAAUCACGUUGAAGGAACACGUGUGAAUCGAUUAUACACACACUAUGAUAUAAUAAUAUUGUAAAAAACAUUACUGAAUCUUGCGAAACAACGAUUGCGAUGAGUUUCGAUGAUGUAAACAGUGCGCAUGUGUCGACGGUUCAAACUCAGUUCAAUGUUGUGCGCGUUUUAAUUUUGUCGGUUUAUAUCUAUUAGUGUUGUGGGUGUGUUCUAUUUCUAUGCAGAUUUUUCUGUUAUCAUGAACGGAAGAUCAUGUCCUGGUUGAAUAUUCGACUGGAUCGAAAGAUGUCAUUAAAGCACUUAAUAUCUAUACGAUCUUUUCUCAUGAUAACCUUCAUUGUCUUUACACUGUCGAUGAUAUGUAUUCAAUUCGUAAAUAACAGCUUUAUUGAAUCUGAUUCAUUGGUCCAAGAAGUCAUAGAAAAUGUUGGAAGAGAUUUAAGAUACGCCGAUAUCUACAGGAGAGCUGACAAACUGUCGAAAAACCUUAAGUACAUGUUGAUUUGGUCUGGGGCAGAAGACGCCCCGUUAUCAUACUUUGGCGGUGGUCAAAGAAAAUUUCUUGAGAAAAACUGUACCAAUAUAAAUUGUUACGUCACAACAGAUAGGAAUUUCUUCAAUGGGGAUACGACGAAAUUUGACGCGAUCGCCUUUAAUGGCCGUACUAUUACAACAAUGGGGAAGUCUCAGCUUCCGAAACGUCGAUCACAUCACCAAAAAUUUAUUUACUUCAAUAUGGAAUCGGCUGAUAAUUACCCUUUAUGUUCAGCUUAUUUUGAUGAUUUCUUUAACUGGACAGCAACCUACAGAUUGGAUUCAGAUAUACCGCUUACUUACAUUCAAAUCAGGGAUAAUAAUGGAACAGUCGUUGGACCAAAGAAAGAUAUGAAGUGGGUAGAUAUGGGUUUUCUUGAAGAUGAAGAAUUAGAAUUGAGGAUGCAGAACAAAACCAAAGCAGUUGCCUGGUUCGUGUCGCACUGUAAAACGAGAAGUAAGAGAAAAGACUAUGCCAUCCAAUUGAAAAAAGCUUUGUAUUCAUUCGGUUUCUCUGUGGACAUAUAUGGUAAAUGUGGUCCUUUUAAGUGUCCAAGGCAUAAGGAGGAAACAUGUUUUUCACUUUUGGAAAGAGAUUACGCUUUUUAUCUCUCUUUCGAAAACUCUUUUGCCGAAGAUUACGUAACGGAGAAGAUACUUACUGCUUUACAGCAUACAACCGUACCAAUUGUGCGUGGUGGUGCCGAUUACUCCAGAUUUCUACCUCCUGGAUCUUACGUCGACGCCACUAAGGUCACACCCAAUGUUUUGGCUUCCGAGAUUGUUCACAUUAUGAUGAAUACAAAGUACUACAGUCAGUUCUUCAGAUGGUGGUCGCAUUACAGUUACAGAGACCCGUCUCAAUCGGAUCACAUUUGUGCAUUGUGUGAUGCACUUAACGAUGAAAGCAAAAGAGCAAAAACUAGUACUUACAAAAACUUUCGGAAAUGGUGGAACACUAACAAUAGGUGUAAAUAAAGAAAAAAUUGAUACCUCAAGAUUUACUUAAUCAAGUAAUAUUUUACCGUAGACUAGAUGGAUUCAGAGUAAAAAGCGUGGGGUGCAUUUGACUACAUUUCAUAUCUUCCUCUCAUAGAUAGUUGCCACUAGAAUGAUUUGAACAUUCAACAUCAAGCACCCCACGCUUUUUACUCUGAUUUAAAUUAUUUUGUUAAUGACUUAAAUUUUAUUAUAAUUUUAUUUUGAGGUGAUUAAAUAUGAAUAAUUGUUUGACCUUCUACAACUGUAAUAUAAUUUCUUUUUAAUUGAAAAUUAUUUUCUAUUUUAUUAGUUUGGUUAGCUAUAAAAGCGUGUUUUUUUAUUUAUUAUUAUGGAUUUAAUAUAUUUAUCAGGCAUCAGAGAGAGGGUAAAGGGUAUUAAAUUUCAUUUUGUUAAUUGUAAAAGAAAUUGCAGAUGAUUUUGGUACAGAUGAGGAUCUUACUCAGUUCUUAAACCUUCAGACCAUCCAAUCGAAUCGACCCGACUGUCGAGGGAAUUAAACUUCCUUUUGAGAGCGAGGUGCCAUCUAUUAGGUUUUCUUAAGAAAAUUCUAAUCAAUGGGUUCCAGUUUUGCAGUAUUGAAGAAUGGCCAUAAACUCCACUGUCGAUAGUAGUUAUCAAAUAAUCAUGUUUUUGACAAUAAGCAAUGUUGAAUUAUCACUUGAAAUGCAAGACACAUAUAGAUUAUAUAGACGAUAUUGUAGUUUGUGACAGCGCAUUUCUCAUUGCGGCCAAUACGUCUACUUGACUAUGCUAUGAGCUUUCAAUGUUGUUACCUCGUGUUCCCAAAGGAUGCCUCCUAUUUAAUUAUUGUAUAUAUAUCUAAUAUAACAAAAUAAAUGAAA